UUGAUUCAAAGGCUUCCGGAAAUUCCUGAUGACUGCGACUGGUUUUUGAUUUCUUUUGUGCCAUAGAUGACUUAAGAAUAUUAAAUUUAAAAUAAGAACGCAGUCGUUAAGGAAGAAAGAGUGUUAGUGGUGGAAAAAUAAGCAGCUAAGAACUAUCUGAAGUAAAUGGCUUCCUCGGUGGAAGAGAGACUAGAGAAAAAUCUGGAAUGUGGAAUUUGCUUGGAAUCAUUUCAGGAGCCAAAAGUGUUGCGUUGUCAACACACUUAUUGUAGAAAAUGCCUUGAACGAAUUAUCUUUAGGGCUACUGGCGAGCGUAUGCAGAAAAUCACGUGUCCUGAGUGCCGAAUGGAAACAAAGCUCCAACGAGGUUGCGUCGCAAAUCUUCCUUCCAAUUUUCUGCUCAAGCAGCUCUUGGAAGUUAACAAUGACGCCCAACUCAGUACGCAAGUUAAUUGUGAGAAACACCCUGAAGAGCCAGUAGAUCUUUAUUGCGAUUGUGGCGAACCGAUAUGCAGAGCCUGUACAGUGAUAUAUCAUCGUUCCCACUCGAAUCAACCUUUGAAAACGGUAUUUGCUCUUGAGAAGAAAAAGAUAGCAACACUUUUAAAACAAGCAAAACCGCAAGUGUCCGCUCUUAAAGCAGAAAUUGCUUCCAUCGAGGGUAUCGAAGAAGAAUUUCAACAAAACUGCUUAGAUGUUAACGAACUAAUUGACAGCGUCAUAAAUGCCAAAAUUGCUCAGUUGGAGACUGCAAGGGAAGGAUUAAAGAGAGAUGUGGGAGAAAUAUCCGCAUCAAAGAUCGGUAGCCUGAAAAAACGAAGGGAUGCUCUCAUUUUGCUGGUGAGUAGAGUGGAGAAUGUCAAAGACAUUGUCACCGACUGUAGUCGUAGCGGGGAGAAGAAAGUAGAAUUCUUGCGUAAGAGAAGCCAGUUCGUGAAGCAUCUAAAUGAUCUACGUUCAACUUCCCAUGAUAUUCGGCCUUGUGAAAAAGUUACCAUCCAGCUUAAGAGAAUCCACCCCCUGGCGAUAUAUCCUAACGCAUGGGGCGACCUGCGGAAUCAGGGAACAAUUACAGUUAACGAACGUGGAAAGCCUGUUCAACCAUCUCUUUUUGAGGUAUUAAAUAACUGGACGAUGUUUGCUUUGAUUAUAUUCAUGGUGGGCCUAACUGUCGGGUCUUUUGGACAGAAAAAAUGAAUAAGAGUUACACGAAUUUGCAUCAUGAGGAUUAUUCCUACAAUACUACGAGGGUUAGCUUCGAUUUCUAAUUUCGAAACACAUAUUUAGACUCGUGAAUCUCAAUUAACGUUGGAGUACAAAUGAUUUAUCCUUUACUCACCGGAGUAAGCGUGCCCAAAUAGACCAACACGACAACUUCAAACAAAGAGCAAAUGCAUGAAGGCGAUUUACUAGAAGGAACUUCAACGAAUUUUUACACCAAUUCAUGUGGAAAUUUCAUGAAAGUCCACGCCAAGUUAAACAAAAACCCUCAAGGUAACCUUCUCUUCCAUGUAAACUCAUCUUAGAAUGCAAACAUUUCAAAACCUAGUAACCAAACGCGUCUUUUGAAAUUUAGAAAACGGUUCUGUAAUUUAUAUGUGCCGAACCAACUUUGGAUGCCAAAGUUAAAUGAUGAACCAAGAAAACGCAAACCUGGUGUAAGAAAUCUGAAAACGGACGUCAAGAGUGAAGAUAUUUUAACUACAAAGCGAGAUUUUCCACAAAGUUUUGGCAGUCAUCUAAAUAGACCUGUUUAGCCUGAAUAUUUUUUUCUCCCGAUGGGGUUCUCAAAGAAAUCCCCUACCCCCUCUUUCUGUCUUUUAUGAAUUAUGCAUACAUAAGCACUUGGUAGGACGAAACUUGAAAGAAAGUGCUCCCAAGAGUAUUCAGCUAAAGAAGUCCCGAGGGAGAAACAGAUAGGUACCCUCCCCCUUCCGCUCUGUUUCGGCAUGUUUCAAUAUCUUGAUAUUUUUUUAUCAUAAGUGGAGAGCAGAAGAAUUGUGAUAGAGCCACAAUCAACAUUGAGAUCAAAGUCUUGAUAGGCAUAUUUUUUCCUUACUGAAUGGUAUUGAUUGAUUGGUACCGGCUUUACUUUUUCUGACCAUAGUACAAUUAAUUCUACAAGUGAGCCCUGAUCCAUUGCAUAACGCAAUUUAAGCGAAUGAGUUGAUUACUUUAUCUAUGUAUCUAUCUUUCUUCAUUUUCGUUGAUUGUGCCUUUGUUUUAUCUUAUCUUAUCUGCAAAAUAUAACUAUAUAAAUAUGUAAAUUAUCUCGCGAAGUGAACAGUGUGAUUCAAUUUACGUCUCUGUUAACCUAACUUCCAUGACAGGAAGGAAACUGCGUGCUCUGUAAAUACCUCCCGUUAAGCCUCAGACACUCUUAAAAAAGCUUUCGUAAGGAUUUAAGAGGGAUAAUGGAAUUUACUUACACAUCAAGCGGUCAUAAAAAAAAAAACAUUCUAAAGGUAUUAAAAUUUAUACAAAUUUUGAUAUUGCGUUUCUAAGGUCCAAUUUCAAGUCCUUUGAGCAUACCCAGAGUAGAGCCUUUCUUUGUGUUUGCACAUCGUUAAUCUUUGUAAACUACUCGCAAGAAAAGAAAUAACUCAGCGAUUUCAUGCCAGUUAGUUUUAUGUUGCAUGUAAUGGUAAUGAAAUCGCUAUUAUCACAGUUGGAUUUUUCCGAUGUAAGGAAUGACCUGUAAAACAGCGGAGAUAAUGUUGAAGACUGUAAAGUAAAAUGUUCAUCAAUUGUUAUUAAUUUGCAAAAAUUGCACGUUGUAAUGAAAAUAAAUAACCCAUUAUAUUUUUGUGGAUAUUGUUAUUGCAAUUUUUCCUUUCCAAGGCCAUUUUUUGGAGGGUAUCAUUUGUAUGGAAAUGAAUUACGUUCACCUCUAUCGAUGUCUUACAAUCCUUUUAACAAUGUACCUUUCUUUACUUUCUAAGUAAUUUUGACUAUUUACCUAUUAAUGUAGUAGUAAAUGAACCAAUUACCGCAUUAACUGUAUGGUAAAGUAUAUAUUUAUGCAAUUACUAGCCCUUUGAUCCCUAAGAGCUCUAUAUACACCCUACUUACACAAUCUAAAUGGCUAACACCCAUAUAAUCUAAAUUUAGAUCAGUGGGUUCAAGCCGUGUCAAAUGAUCAUCUAAGUCUUCCCAGUAGCUUAUUAAAUAUGCAUAAAGAUUUCGACCAAUCAAAUCCCUCACUCAUCGGUGAACAAGCCAAGGUGAUCGCUGCGAAAUGCGUCGGUUAAAGCCCGUCUGCCUUGAUGUGAAGAAUAUUGGGCGCGAUGGAAAGAAAACCACUGUAUCGAUUCCGCUGAGAGUGGAUCUUGGUAAGCAGCCUCAUAAGAGUACGGAGGAAAAUAGUCAGGACACCAACAGUCUAGUAGAACAAGAUGUCCCUCUUGACGAUGUCGACAAGCAGGAACUCUCAACUCAACAGCAAAAUCGUGUUUUGAGUAUCUCUGCUAACUGGGAAAAGGUACGGGAAAAGUUGCUGAACUCAUACAUCGAAGAACAGCAUCUUCCAGACAAGAUAAACUGUGUGAACUGUCAAAAGAGUAUCGCUACAACACGAUGUGAAUACUGUGGCCCUCGCCAGUACUUCUGUGUUGAAUGUGCACGAGCUCUACAUGUCAAUCGAAACAAGUUUCAUGUACUUGAGCAAUGGAAGGAUGGGGUAUUUUCUCCUUUGUAUGCAGAUGAGGCAACUGUUAGCUACGGCCAUACGUGCAGAACCGCAACAGUAAAGCUGUUCAGACUUCUGGAUGCCUCAGGAAAUCAUCACCUCAAAUAUGUACAAGUGUGUGAUUGUGAGCCGCAUGCUGUCACACUCUUGAAAUGUCAGUUCUGGUCAGGGUCACCAACAAAUCCCACCACAGGAUUCAGCUUCAAACUGAUGGAGUUUGUGGAGAAGGUCUCUCUUCAUUGUCAAGUGUCCCUGCUAAACAUCACAGAAGUGAUCACAGAACUCAAUCCUCAGCUACAACCAACACAUGUGAGCUCAAUUUACAGUAUCCUUAAUUCAGAAUGCUUUGAAGAAUUCAGGUAUGUGUGGUUAUAGGUUGAGAGUAUCAAAGCUGCUAAUUUGUGGACGUACAAGGUCUACUAA